GGCGAGGCCGGGUUGAGAGAGAGAGGUGAUCUACAUAGUGCUUAGUAGGAGAAAGUCAACCAGAACCAAUUCAACCAUGAUCUCAGCACUCUUCAUCCUCAACCAGAAGGGGGAAGUACUCAUCAGCAAGCUAUUCCGACCGGAUCUCAAACGAUCGAUAGCGGACAUCUUCAGGAUUCAUGUGAUCUCCAACCCGGACGUGCGCUCGCCGAUCAUCACCCUAGGCUCAACCUCCUUCUUCCAUGUCCGUCAUCAGAACCUCUACCUCACCGCGGUCACCAAGACCAACGCAAAUGCGGCGAUCGUCUUCGAACUGCUCUAUCGGAUCAUCAAUAUCGCAAAGAGUUACUUCGGCAAAGUCGACGAAGAGGCUAUCAAGAAUAACUUUGUGAUGAUCUACGAACUGCUCGACGAGAUCUUGGAUUUCGGAUAUCCUCAGAACAGUGAAAUCGAUACUCUCAAGAUGUACAUCACCACCGAGAGCAUCAAGUCAGAACAAGCCGUCCGAGAGGAUUCCGCAAAGAUUACGAUCCAGGCCACUGGGGCUACUUCAUGGCGACGAAAUGAUGUCAAGUAUCGAAAGAACGAGGCGUUUGUUGAUGUUGUCGAGACGGUCAAUCUGAUCAUGUCUUCGAAAGGUACCGUACUACGUGCAGACGUCGAUGGUCAAAUCCUCAUGCGAGCUUAUCUCUCGGGCACUCCGGAAUGUAAAUUCGGCUUGAACGAUAAACUGAUCAUCGAGAGAACUGAUCGGGCCAAGCCUUCUGGCUCUACUAGGACUGAUGAGAGCGCGGUCGAGUUGGAUGAUUGUCAGUUCCACCAAUGCGUCAAGCUCGGUAAAUUCGACUCGGAUCGGACCAUCAGCUUUAUUCCUCCGGAUGGAGAGUUCGAACUGAUGAGAUAUCGAUCCACGACGAAUGUUCAAUUACCAUUCCGGGUGCAUCCGAUCGUCGAAGAGAUCGGGAAGUCGCGGGUCGAAUUCACCGUCCAUCUGAAGGCCAACUUCGACUCCAAACUCAACGCCAAUUCCGUCGUCGUCAAGAUCCCUACCCCACUAAACACCACCAAGGUCGCCUGUAAGGCCCAGAUCGGUAAGGCUAAAUACGUGCCUGAGGAAAACGUGAUCAUUUGGAAGAUUCCAAGGAUGCAAGGCCAAUCAGAUGCGACGAUCACAGCGAGUGCGGAUCUCUCAGCCACCACACACCGGAAAGCGUGGUCGCGGCCGCCGAUCAACAUCGACUUCCAGGUGCUCAUGUACACCUCCUCUGGCUUGCUCGUUAGGUUCCUCAAAGUGUUCGAGAAGUCGAACUAUAAUUCGGUCAAAUGGGUCCGCUAUCUUACCAAGGCUAGUGGCUCGUAUCAGAUUCGGAUCUGAAUCUCGGCCUUCCUCCUUUCUUUUGUAUUUCUUUUUUUUUUUUCCUCUAGAUGUGUUCUUCAAACUGUUGUCUUUCUAAAUUGUUUAUCUAGAUCUUCUUUGUUCUGAUGAUGCUUCUAUAUCCCUGCUUGAGCCGUUUGACGGGCAUCGUUAUGUACAUCUGAGAGCAAGGGUGCUCGAAAGCAGAGCCAAGUCAGAUGGAUUGUGUGACUCCAUCACAUCGUCCAAGCGGCCCUUGGUGCCAGAGGGUGGGAUGAAUCCCAUCUCGUACAGUCCCUUGACAGAAAAAAUGGAAACCUUUGAUUGGGGUCUAGAGGUUAAACCAAUGGACUGGAAUUUAU